CAGGGAGGGGCGGUGAGGAAGGGGAGAAAGACUCUCAGGUUUUGCUUUUAGUUGCUAUUGAGUGUGUCUGUACCGCGUUAGUUGCACGGUGAGUGUCCCGGCAGCUGGCCGUGAGACAGGUCCUGAUUCACCGAUAACUGGGGACUGGCGGCCUGGGGACUGCCGGCCUGGAGAUGGUGAAGCGGGGUUGAGCGGGGCUGCUGGUUUGUGAACCUGGCUUUUUAAAAACUUGGUUACCGACGCUUCUCUCCUGGAGAGAUGUGAAUACAUUAUUAAAGAUAUCGCCGCAAAAAAGUUACUGGUUCCGCUAGAAAGCUGCUUGUGCGCAGGGACCGUGUGCAGCGGUGGGUGCAAAGCAAGCUGAAAGCAUGAUGGAUUUUUGAGUGAGUCGCCAUUUUUCUAAGGUUUUAUUCAGGAAUACUGUGCCUGUCACUCAACGUAGUUUCAACUUGCCGGCUAAAUGACUUUUGUGCCAGUGAUACCAGAGUCCUACAGCCAUGUUCUUGCAGAGUUUGAGUCUCUGGAUCCAUUGCUUUCAGCCCUGAGGCUGGACUCCAGUCGUCUGAAGUGCACGAGCAUAGCUGUGUCUCGGAAAUGGUUGGCUUUGGGCAGUUCAGGAGGAGGACUCAAUCUCAUUCAGAAGGAAGGCUGGAAGCACAGGCUUUUUCUUUCACACAAGGAAGGUGCAAUUUCUCAGGUGGCCUGUUGUUUACAUGAUGACGAUUAUGUAGCUGUAGCUACCAGUCAAGGUCUUGUAGUUGUUUGGGAAUUAAAUCAGGAGCGUCGUGGGAAACCAGAACGCAUUUAUGUGUCUUCAGAGCACAAAGGCCGAAAAGUUACAGCUCUCUGUUGGGACACAGCUAUUCUUAGAGUUUUUGUAGGUGAUCAUAUGGGGAAAGUUUCUGCCAUCAAAUUUAACACUUCUAAACAAACAAAGGCAGCUGCUGCCUUUGUGAUGUUUCCUGUUCAGACAAUAACAACAGUUGACUCCAGUGUUGUGCAGUUAGAUUAUUUGGACGGAAGACUACUUAUAUCUUCACUUACUCGAUCCUUCUUGUGUGACACUGAGAGAGAAAAAUUUUGGAGAAUUGGAAGCAAGGAAAGAGACGGAGAAUACGGAGCUUGUUUCUUCCCCGGAAGAUGUCCCACGGGCCAGCAAACCCUAAUAUAUUGUGCUCGCCCUGGCUCCAGGAUGUGGGAAGUGAACUUCGAUGGGGAAGUUAUAAGUACACAUCAGUUUAAGAAACUCCUCUCAUCGCCACCCCUCCCUGUGAUUACUAUAAGAUCCGAUCCUCAGUAUGAUCAUACAGUUGGAUCCUCGCAGUCUUUGUCUUUCCCCAGACUCUUGCGUGUUAGUGAGCACUGUGUGCUGACUUGGACAGAAAGAGGAAUUUAUAUUUUCAUUCCUCAGAAUGUUCAAGUUCUUUUGUGGAGUGAAGUCAAAGAUAUUCAGGAUGUGGCUGUCUGCAAGAAUGAGCUCUUCUGUUUGCACCUAAAUGGGAAAGUUUCACAUCUUUCUCUGUUGUCUGUGGAACGCUGUGUGGAACGCCUGCUGAGGAGAGGCCUGUGGAACCUGGCUGCUCGCGCUUGCUGUCUUUUCCAAAAUUCUAUCAUUGCCAGCAGAGGAAGAAAAUCUUUGACUGUGGAUAAAUUGGAGCAUUUGAAGUCUCAGCUGGAUGUCACAACCUAUAGUGAUCUAAUUUCUCAACUGGAAGAAGUGAUCUUAAAAUUUGAACCUUUGGAUUCAGCUUGCAGCAGUAGAAGAAGCUCCAUUUCGUCACAUGAAAGCUUCAGCAUCUUGGAUUCUGGUAUUUAUCGUGUCAUUAGCAGUAGAAGAGGCAGUCAGUCGGAUGAAGAUUCUUGUUCCCUUCAUAGCCAAACCCUGUCAGAAGAUGAGAGACUCAGAGAAUUUGCCUCACAUCAAGAGGAGGACCAACCAGAUCAGUGUUGGAGCUCACACGGAAAUGAAGACAGUGUUUCUCAUGCUCCUGUGACAUUUGAGACAGAUAAGAAUGAAACUUUUCUCCCCUUCGGCCUUCCGCUAUCAUUUCAUUCUCCAUCUCCUCUUGUGUCUCUUCAGGCUGUGAAAGAAAGUGUUUCUAGCUUUGUACGUAAAACUACUGAGAAGAUUGGCACCCUUCAUACAAGCCCUGAUCUGAAAAUAAGACCAGAACCCAAGGGUGGUGAGCAGUUAUGUGAAGAGGAGAUGAGUCCAGUCACAUGCGCAAAGGAAGAAGACACUGAGGGCAAAAAAGAAGUAAUUAGUCCAUCUCCAGAAGAGGACAAGCUCCGAGAGCUCAAAGUAGCAACAGCAAAAGCAAUGACCAAACUACAGGACCCACUGGUUUUGUUUGAACCCACGUCUCUGAGGAUGGUCUUACAGGAGUGGCUUUCACAGUUAGAGAAAACAUUUGCCGUGAAGGACUUUUCAGGUAUUUCAGAUACUGGCAACUCAUCCACGACAUCAAACCAGGAUAUGCUGUCGUUUGACGAGUCAGAAAAGGAAAUGUUAGAUGAAGAUAAUGAAAAAGAAACAAGAGACCCUUUAGGCAAUGAAGAACUUGUUGCUCCAACAGCAUGUGAAUCUACAGGUGGUCUGAGGGAGCCCCUGGCUGACCUUUUCCAAGUAUGUUCUCCGUGUACCAUAGCUAACGGUCUUCAGAAGGACCUGGCUGAAUUGACAACGUUGUGUUUGGAAUUGAAUGUAUUGAAUUCUGAGACCAAAAGCACAAGUGGACAUGUGGACCACACUUUGCAACAGUACUCUCCUGAAAUUCUGGCUUGCCAGUUCAUAAAGAAGUACUUUUUUCUCUUGGACUUGAAAAGAGCAAAGGAGGGUAUCAAGCUUAGUUACGCAAACAGUCCUUGUGUUUGGGAUACUUUUAUUGAAGGAUUGAAAGAAAUGGCAAGUUCCAAUCCUACAUAUAUGGAGAUGGAAGAAGGAGACCUACCAACAAGAUUAAAGUUACUGAAUGACUCAGUCACCUUUGACAAUCCUUUGUUGAUUGCUUAUGCUGCCCGAUUGUGUGAGAAGUUUGGAGAAUCUGCCCUUCGGUCCUUAAUCAGGUUUUACCCAUCUAUUUUGCCUUCGGAUGUCAUACAACUUUGUCAUCGUCAUCCUGCUCAGUUUUUGGCCUAUUUAGACAGUCUGGUGAAAUCGAGGCCUGAAGAUCAACGGCCGUCCUUCCUUGAGUCCCUCCUACAACCAGAGUCUUUAAGAUUGGAUUGGCUGCUUUUGGCCGUGUCCCACGAUGCUCCUCCAAACGCAAGCACAAUGGACAAUGAAGGAAACCCCAGGCCUCAUUCCCACUUGUCUUCGUGGGGUUACAGUCAGCUGAUGCUUCACCUCAUUAAACUACCUGCAGAUUUUACAACCAAAGAGAAAAUGACUGACAUCUGUAGGUCUCAUGGUUUUUGGCCUGGAUAUCUUUCUCUUUGUUGGGAGCUGGAGAGAAGAAGAGAGGCCUUCACCAACAUUGUGUACCUGAAUGAUAUGAGCCUGAUGGAAGGGGACAAUGGUUGGGUCCCAGAGACCGUGGAGGAAUGGAAGCUUCUCCUACAUCUCGUACAGAACAAGAGCACAAAGCCAGCCUCGCAAAAGUUACCAAAUGGGAACUUCAGUGAUGGGCCGUCUCCCAUCAAUGUGGAGAAUGUGGCACUCUUGUUAGCUAAGGCCAUGGGCCCAGAUCGGGCCUGGACACUGCUACAGGAAUGUGGUUUGACCCUGGAGCUGUCAGAGAGGUUUACCAGAACCUGCGAUAUCCUAAGGAUUGCUGAGAAAAGGCAGAGGGCAGGAUGCCUUUUCACUCCGGAAUUGUGUCUUUUGAUGCACAGAAUCAGUUUUUUGUAUCCUUUAGUUCAGUGUGGGUUUUAAAAAGUUUUGUCAAGAAAGAACAAUGAGAACUAAAUGCACUUGUUUCUUUUCUUUGGGAUUUCAGAGCUUUGAUACAAAGCAUGCUUGAAAAAUGUGAUCGGUUUCUCUGGUCUCAGCAGGCCUAGUGGAAGAAGAUUCAGCAAAUGGUCACAACAUUUUGAGAAAAACUGAAUCAUGCUCCUGAACCUCGUGAGUGCGUUUGCUGUUGAAGGAAAGGUACCGCCUGAAAACCUUGCCUCCUUACGUGGGGCAUUUUUGUCAGUGUCUGUAACUUCUGCACUUGGGGCUCUAUCUGUGACUUCGGUGUUUCUCAACCAGGGUUGAAUUUUGAAAGGAAUCAGUCCUUGUUUGCUGAAGUGAAGUCCUCUGGGAAAGUUCACAGCUGUGCAGGCCUUAUUCUGAACUACAGUAUUAUUUUCUCCUUGCUAGUGGAUUGGGGGAAUUAUUUUCGUAUUUUGACUCUCGUGUAGGGAGCAGAAGUUUCUCAUCCUGGUUGCAUGAAGACAGAUAAAGUUAACUGACAGGAAUUGAAUUGUUUUUAUAUCUUAUCUGGAAUAGUUGAGAAUUUACUGAAAUAAGACCUGGCAGAAUGGAAUUAACAUAUCAAACAAGUGAAACACUGAAAAUUCAAAUUAGGUAUUUACGUGAAAUGACCCCAUAUUUAAAUUGAGCUAAUUUAAAAUAUUUUUUUCCCCAGUAUUUGACAUUUUCUAAUCUGAACCUCUAUACAAAUGAUUAAUUUAUUACUGGAAAUGUUUUUAUCUCUAAUCUUUCCUAAAUGGUGGUCCAAAGGAAUCAUGUACUUUUAAAAACUAUUUUUUAAAAGCCAUAAUAAAGGAAAGCUAAGUACUAACAAAGACUGUAGUAGGUGCUUGUGUCAUUUAAGCCAUGUACUAGAAUGCCUUCGUCAGGCUAUGGUACAUUUGCAUAGCAUGUUACAUUAAUAAUAAAUGUAAAAUCUGUUAAGUUUUUAUUUGAAUAGAUACAGAUCUGAGGUUUAUCGUGAGCAAUUUGCAGGAAGGUGUGGGGUCAACUCAAUGUGGAGUAAGAAAAGUGUUGGAUACGUUGAAUGAUUCACUUUUUUUUUUCAUUCAUAACACAGCCAGAGAGCUGCAGACAGAAAUGGCUGUCAUACUUCCACAUGAUAUUCAGAUAUGAUGUGACCAGAUGGGUUGAAAUGAUUGUCAGAGAAAGGAGGCUUCACAAAGUUUCUUAGAGUUUUGGGAAGCAUAGAAAACCUCCCGAUUCUGGUCAACGGUGGUGGUGGUGGUGGUGGUGGUGGUGGUGUGUGUGUGUGUGUGUUUGUGUGGUGUUUCCCCUUACCAGGCAAUUCUCUGACACCAGUUGGGUGUCCUACAGUUCAACCCAAUUCUGACACUAUUGACCAGAGGUAGCAUCAGAUCCCACAGGUAAAUGGCUCAGUCCCUAAAGACUGCCCUCCACUUUAUUUUUUUUUAAUUUUAAAUUCAAUUAAUUAACAUAUAAUGUGUUAUUGGUUUCAGAGGUAGAGGUUAGUGAUUCAUCAGUCUUACAGACUACCUAGUGUUCAUUACAUCACCCAGUUACCCCAUCCCCCCACCGCCUGCCCUCCACUUUAGACACUAAGUGCAAGUCCAGGUGGUUAACUAUACUUCUGACCAACUGGCUAUAAAUCAGAGGUCCUCACAAUCCUCUCCUUGGGUUUGGUGGUUUGGUAAAUUUGCUAGAGCAGCUCCCAGAACUCAGAUAAACAGUUUGUUUACUAGAUUGCCUGUUUAUUAUAUAAGGAUAUGACUCAGGAACAGCCAGAUAGAAGAGAUGCAUGGGGCAAGAUUUGGGGAAAAGCGUGAGAAGCUUCCAUGCCUGCUCCAAGCUCCACCUUCUCCAAAUCGCCACAUGUUCACCAAUUCGGGAGCUCUCUGAAUCAAGUUCUUCGGGCUUUUUUAUGCCUUCAUUACAGGGGCAUGGUUGAUUAAAUCACUGGUCACUGACGAUCGAACUCAGUGUCCAGUUGCUCUCUCCUUCCUGAGGUCAGGAGUGGGGUUUGGGGGGUGGGACUGAAAGUUCCAAAUCUCUAAAUCAUAUGGUUGGCUCUACUGGCAAACAGCCCCCAUCCUUAGGUGCAGUCCAAAUGUCACCUCGUUAUACUAUAAGACACCUCUGUGGCACUCAUCACUUAGGAAAUUCCAAGGGUUUUAGCAGCUCUGUGCCAGAAAUGGGAGGAAGACCAAAUACAUAUUUCUUACCGUCAAUCACAGUAUCAUACCUUCCCACUAGCAUCAGCUGGGUUUUGGCUGUAUUGGAUUAUGUCGAAUGUGCGUCUGUACUAAGGUAAGGAGCAAGACCCCUCCCUCCUCUGUCCGGCAGCUUCUGUCAUUACAUAAUGACUGU